AUGGCAACUCCAGAAACACCAAGCGUCAAAAAUCCUGUUGACACCUUUUACGGGUUCCAAAGUAGCUAUUGCUGCGGUGGUGAAAUUCGAGUCACGAAAGACCCAAUCGUGAAGCCGGAUUCUGGCACAACGAAGGAUGGACCGAUUUGGGCUCCACCCACGACUAUUCGUUUCGAUGUCCCUAACCAAAGUCCACGGGCGCUAACAUUGAAGCUCCCUCUACAAUUACCCACUCAGCCAGCUCCCGGAGGUCUGCAAACUCUACAAGCAGAAGAUAACUCUGGAGCAACUCCGCAACCAUUCGCAGAACUACUCAAGGCAUGUACACCCGCCACCUUUGGUCUAGGCGGCGAAGACGUCCUCGAUGAGCAAUAUCGCAAGGCUGGCAAGUUGGACAGAGAGCAAUUCUCAACGCUUCUUCCUGAGGCUCUGGAUGAAGUCAUGAAAAGUCGAAACGAUCACCGAGGGGUUCUUGCUGAGUUGUACAAAUUGAAUAUAUACUCUGGUCCAGGUGGAAAAUUCAAAGCACACGUUGAUACACCACGCGGGGUGACCCAGUUCGGUUCACUUGUAGUGUGCCUCCCACAUUCUUUCAAAGGCGGAAAGUUUCGCGUCAGUCACGGGUCAAGUUCCACCUUCUUCGACUGGGCCACUGACGAGCCAAACACCAUUCAAUGGGCCGCAUUCUACAGCGAUUGUGAGCACGAAGUCCUCGAGGUCCUCAAAGGCCACCGUAUCACAUUGACGUACAAUUUAUACGCCACUGAACGCGUCGGCGGUCCCCUACAAGUCCAUCCUACUGUCGACGCUAAACUAUCGCCUUUCGCUGCUGCCGCUCGUGCCGUGUUAGCGGAUUCUACAUUCCUUCCACAAGCCGCAGACCUCAUGCCCUACGCUCUUAAAGGUGUCGACUGUGUCAUCUUCUCUGUUUUCAAAAGUCUCGACCUCAAAACCAGAGCCCGUCCAGUAAUGGGCGAACACGAACACUAUGCUUACUGCGCGUAUUACCCGUCGGACGACACUCCUGAUCACAGCGGUCCCAUUACGGUCGUCGGUGAGAAAUUCCAUGCCAGGGCCGAGGGCAAUGAUAAUGAAAUAGAACAAUCGUGGGGGAUGAUCAGACAGGAAUUGAAACGUGCAUUUCCAAAUAGCGCUAGGAGGAAUGUGUUUUGGAUUAACAAGCCGAAGCAUGAGGAGCUGGCGAUCGCGAAGUUGCAUUAUGGGAAUCAGGCGACGGUUGAUCUGAUUUAUUCGCGGGCCGCUAUUCUGGUUGAUAUUCCGAAGUGGGGUGAGAAGGGAAGGGGGGUUGUAGCUUAA